AUGGAGAUCCCUGAAAAAAACAUAGAUAUUGCCACUAUAGAGUAUGUUAAACCAAAAACCAAAAUGUUUUCAUUUACAUCAGAAGUAUUAGGUGUCACGUUAUAUAAUCAAAUAUUGUGUUAUGAUAAUUGUUUUUUUGUUGUUAUUAAUCAAGACAAUACGUUUUCAUGCUUAUCUGUUGCUAUGUCACAAAGAAAUAGCAUGGAUACAAUAUCCAGUGCCAUUUUCAGCACAGAUCCUGAUAGUAGAUCUGAAUCAAUAGCUAACACACUAACUAAAAGUUUGAAAACAUCAAUUCCAAUAUAUGUGAGUUUUAAUGCAAACAUUGAAACUAUUGGGUUAAAAGAUGUUAUUUCAAGUUUAAUUAAUUUUUUCAAAUCUCAUUCAGAAAUAGGUAUUUGUUAA